AUGUUGUGCUCUUGGAAGUUGAAUGACAUCGACCUCAUGGUUCGAACUCUGAGCCCCAAGUUGUUACUACAUAUACGUGAAAAGGUGGUCAGCUUUCGGCCCGCUUCGGCGGUGCCAUACGUUAAAAUUGGAACGAUACAGAGAAGAUUAGCAUGGCCCCUGCACAAGGAUGACACAUGUAGUCAGAAUGGAUUCACCUACGGUCGACAAAGAGCCAAGUAG